UACUCUAGUCAAGAUCUCUGCAAGGUCAUUGGUCAGCAUGCUGCUGCAGCGUGUGUGGACAUUCCUGCUGGGACACUAAAAGACUUACACAGUGGAUUAAAGACCAAUGAAGUGCAUUAAGAGACAAAAAAAGUGGAUUUAUAGACUGAAAAGUGCAUUUAGAGACUGAAAAGUGGAUCUAUAGACAAAAAAAGUGCAUUUAUAGACAGCAAAAAGUGCAUUUAGAGACUGAAAAGUCCAUUUAUAGACAAAAACAAGAGGAUUUAUAGACUGCAAAGUGCAUUUCGAGCCUACAGAAGCAGAGAGACUUAGAGCAUGCUGCUGCAGCCGGUGUGGAGCUUCCUGCUGGGACACUCGUCGGUCCUGACGUCUCCGGUGUUCCCCGUUAUCUUCUCCAUCGGCGUGUACCUGAGCCUGUGCGCGCCCUACCUGCUGCUGGACGUCCUGUCCGUGCGCUGCGCCUGGCUGCGCCGCUACAAGCUGCAGCCUCACGCUGCGGCCGACUGGGCCUCCCUGCGGCGCUGUGUGGCCCUGACGCUCUACAACCACCUCAUCUACAUCUUCCCGCUCACGCUGCUGCACUGGUACGUGGCGCCGGCCCGGCUCGGGCCCGCGGCGCCGGUGGCCGUGGCCGUGGCGCCGGCGGCCUCCAGCGUGCUGGUGCAGCUGCUCGCCUGUCUGCUGCUCUUCGACUUCCAGAGCUUCGUCUGGCACCUGCUGCACCACCGCGUGCCCUGGCUCUACAGACACUUCCACAAGGUGCACCACACCUUCCCGUCCCCGUCGGCGCUGACCACCGAGCACUCCUCAGCGUGGGAGACUCUGUCUCUGGGCUUCUUCGCCGCGGUGACCCCCCUGGUCCUGGGCGUGCACCCCCUCUCUGAGCUCUGCUUCUACGUGGUCAACAUGUACCUGUCUGUGGAGGACCACUGCGGCUACGAGCUGCCCUGGGCCACGCACCGCCUGGUCCCGCUCGGCCUGUACGGCGGCGCCAAACACCACGACCUCCACCACCUCAAGUCCACCGUCAACUUCGCUCCGUACUUCACCCACUGGGACCGGCUGGCCGGGACCCUCUGCACCCAGGACUGACCACCGCACGCUGUCCAUCUCCAGCUUCUAAGACUGAAACGGGUAUUUAGACUCUAAAGAGAUUCAGUGGCUCACCGGGACUCACAGGGUUCAGACUUUUCUUAGUUUUUUCACAGUUUCUGAAUGUUCUUCUUUUUUGCCAAGUUUGUGAACUGAAAAGAAAGUUUGUGAAGUGAUGGAGAAGUUAAAAAGAAAGUGGAUUUAGGCCCCCUGCACACUGGCUGCGUGGUGUGAUAUUUGGGCUCCCAUGGUAACAGCUUAGAGCGUGCACACUGCCUGUGUGACACGCACGUCCCAGAAAACACGUGCGUGCUAGAAAUAGGACCGGCGCCUAUUUUUCACGCCACACGCCAGCGUGUUGGAAGCGUUUCCAGACAACAUAGAAUAGGAAAAGAUGUUUAUAUGUAAUUUAGAUACAAAUACAUUUAAUUAAUGACCUGAUGUUUGAUCAGUAUAUAUUUAUGUUUAUGGGAAACAUACAUGUGUCCAGACACGUUUCUGUUGUUAAAAUACAUAGAAAAAUCCAAGCAGCUGAAACGCAACAGAAACGCAACAGACACGCCACUGAACAACACACACUGUUUUUCUUGAGGUUCUCUCCAGGUUUAAAGACUAAAACGGCAUUUAGACUCAGAAUAAAUGGAUGUAGUGGCUGGCCGGGACGUGAACUGAAAACAAAAGUCUGUGAAGUGAUGGAGAAGUUAAAAAGCCAGUAGAGUUAGAGUCUAGAGAAGUUUCUGAACUGAGAGAGACGGAGAGAUGGCUUCAGAGUUUUAAACUUCUUUGUUCUUUUGUGUUUUUCAAAAGUUUGUGAACAGACAAAAUAGAAAGUGUGUGACGUGAUGGAGAAGGUAAAGAGGAAGUGGAUUUAGAGUCUAGAGAAGAGUGUGACGUGAAGGAGAAGGAUUGAAUAACUAAUAAGUGGAUUUAUAUCAUUUCUGAAGUGAUAAAGAAGUUUAUAAAAGAAGAAACAAGUUUGUGAACUGAUCAGAAAUCUACAAAAUCAGCUUUUACAUUAAAAGUAAACUACAUAUUUCUUUAUUACGUCUGUAUUUAUAAGUGUUGAUGUAUUUAUUUAUUUAUUAAAUGUUCAUAUUGAACAUGCUGUAAAGGUUUAUUAAUGGAUAAUGAGCUACAGGUGUGUAAAGAUGGAAAGAUGUUGGACUGAAAGAUGAACAUGUGAAUGUUUGAGUAUUUAUCUGAUAUAAUGUGAACAGGAUGUUGUUUGAAAUGUGACUGAAAAGUGAAAACAGAGUUUUGGAGAAAAGUUUCUUUUCUGAAGUGAAAAUAAACUUUAUGAACUAAA